AUGGUGGACAACUUGUUGAAUGCGCACGCGCCACUGCGCAUCGGAACGCGACGCUCCAACCUGGCUGUCGUCCAGGCAGAGGGAAUCCGCGACAGCCUGCAGAAGAUUGCACCAGACCGAUCCUACCAGAUUGAGACCCUUCAUACACUUGGGGAUCGAGACCAGUCAACGGCACUCUAUAAUUUCGGCGAUAAGAGUCUUUGGACAACUGAGUUGGAAGAAAAGCUCACAUCGGGUCAAUUGGAUGUUAUUGUCCACUGUUUGAAAGAUAUGCCGACCAAGCUGCCCGAUUCCUGUGAACUGGCCGCGAUUCCGCAGCGGGACGAUCCGCGCGACGCCCUGAUCGUCAAGGCGGGACUGCCCUACACCAGCCUCCAGACGCUGCCCGAAAGGCGCCGUCGUGGGUACGUCCCCCAGCUGCGCUUUGCCAACCUGCGCGGCAAUGUGGAGACUCGUUUGGCCAAAGUCGAUGACCCUGCUAGCGAGUAUACCUGCAUGGUGAUGUCGGCGGCCUGGCUGGAGCGCAUCGGCCUUCAGUCUCGCAUCAGCCAGUACCUGGGCUCCAAGGAUGGGGGCAUCUUCCACGCCGUCGGGCAGGGGGCGCUGGGCUUGGAAAUCCGCAGGGGCGAUGCGCAUAUGCAGGAGCUGCUCAACCGGCUUGCGGACACCAAGUCCACGCUGGCUUGUCUGGCCGAGCGGUCGCUCAUGAGGACGCUGGAAGGCGGAUGCAGUGUCCCCAUCGGCGUCGAGACGGAAUGGGUUCAACCAGACCAACUGCGUAUCAGUGCCAUCGUGGUCAGUCUGGAUGGCUCCAAGAGCGUUGAGGAUACCCUCGAGGCGAGAAUCGCAACCACCUGCGAAGCGGAAGUUCUCGCCCAGAACUUGGCGGCCAGACUGGCCCAGGCCGGUGCAGGGGCCAUCCUAAAUGAUAUCAACGCCAACCGACCAGCUAAGGACUGACGGAAUGGGACUACUCAAAUCACCAUGUAGUUAUACCAUAUCUGAUGAUCCUUCUUGGAGUUAGGAGUUGACACUAGCACCAGAGCCUCGGAUAGCUG